AUGUUCUUAGCGGCAGCACAAGGAGGCCACGAAGGAAUCGUACAGCAUCUUCUUGAAAAGGGUGUCAAUAUUGACGCCAAGGACCAAGAAGGUCACGGGGCACUUGCAUUUGCAGCAAGUGGAGGCCCGGAAAGCCUUGUACGGCUAUUGCUCGAGAACGGUGCUGACGCUAAUAGUGGUGUCUGUGAUUGGGGGAAUCCACCACUAGCCGCCGCUGCAUAUCAGGGCAAAGAGAGCAUCAUACGACUCUUGCUUGCACAUGGUGCUGAUGUGGAAGGUGUGGAUAAGCGUGGAAAUACACCGCUGAUGCGUGCCAUCUUCCCCGGUCGAGAGGACGCGUUGCGGCUCUUGCUUGCACAUGGUGCUAAUGUCAAUGCUGUGGAUAAUUUAUGGAAACACGCCGCUGUUGGACGCCGCAUAAUGAGGCUCUUACUUGCACGGGGUGCCGACGUAAACGUCACGAACCAAUUUGGGCACACACCGGUGACAAAUGCUGCAAGAGUUGGUGCAGAGAGUAUCGUGCGGCUCCUACUUAAACAUGGCGCUCAUAUCACUGGCGGAAAGGACGACGAAAGAGCCAAGGCACGGUCGCUGCAAGCUAAGUUCGAACUCGAGGAGAAACAGCGCCAGGAGCUAGCUACGGACAAGGCGUCUUGA